AUGUCGGCUUUACAAAAAUCAGUUUUGAAAUCAAAACUUCCACCUUCUGGAAUAGAUUUUACUUCAUCAAGAUCAUGUAAAGCAAGGGCACUACAACGAAAGCGGGACUACGACCCCGUAGAAUGGACCCCCUUUUUUGAUGAAUCGAAGGAUGUUGUAAUUGGAGAGAAUACAUUUCAUAUUUAUACAAAAGGAAAUGAGGGACCAACUCUCGUAUUAUUGCAUGGUGGUGGUUACAGUGCUCUAACUUGGGCAGAAUUUACGAAAUCUAUAACAUCGAUGAUAAUUUGCCGAGUAUUAGCGAUGGAUUUGCGAGGUCAUGGUGAUACUCACACAACAGAUGACGAAAAUUUAUCAGCAGAUACAUUAGCAAUGGAUGUUGCAGCUGUUAUAAAACAAGUAACAGAAAACAACCCAGUUGUAUUGGUUGGGCAUAGUAUGGGUGGUGCUGUAGCAGUUCGAGCAGCUGAACAUAUAGAAAACUUGGCUGGAUUAACUGUGAUCGAUGUGGUUGAAGGCACAGCUAUGGAUGCCUUGACAUCGAUGCAAAGUUUUCUGAGGUCAAGGCCAACUAGUUUUGGUUCAAUCUCACAAGCUAUCGAGUGGUGUGUACGGAGCGGGCAAAUACGGAACAUUGAAUCAGCUAAAGUAUCAGUUCCAGGGCAGAUAAAAAACAAUGAAACAAAUAAACUUGCAACUCACGACAUUAAAGACGCAUUGGCAUCAUCGGUUGCUCAUUCCACUGAAAAUUUAUCAGUUACAAUCGAACGUGAUGAUAUAAUACAUGAAGAUGAAGUUUUUAGCGAUGAUCAUGAUCAUGAUGAUGAUGAUGAUGAUGAUGAAAAGAAACAUAAAUUACCCACGGCAACGAAAGAUUUUACAACGCAAAAUAAAAAGUAUAGUUGGAGAAUAAACUUAUCGAAAACUGAAAAUCACUGGAGCGGUUGGUUCAAAGGCUUGUCAACGGCAUUUUUAAAUGCUCCUGCUCCAAAAUUGUUGCUGUUAGCUGGAAUUGAUAGAUUAGAUCGUGAACUCACUGUAGGACAAAUGCAAGGUAAAUUUCAAAUGCAAGUGCUACCUGCAUGUGGACACGCAGUUCAUGAAGACGUUCCAGAUAAAGUUGCCGAAGCGAUAGCAACGUUUAUGGUUCGAAAUAAAUUUGCCGAGCCAGCAUCAGAUUUCCAUCGUGUAUUUCCAGCAUAUUAA